AUGGCCACAACUUUCCAUCUCUUCCCUCAUCUCCAAUGGGAGCUCCGUGCUCGGAUAUGGGAACUCACUGUCGAACCUCGCACCCCAACUGUAAUACAACGGACAGUCUAUCCAGAGAGGUACCAGGAAGGAGUCCUCAUACCCAAGAAUCGAAGGAGCCUGCACUUGCGGUCACCUACCCCAGUGCCAGCAACAAUGCAAACCUGCCGAGAAGCUCGCAAUCUCGGGGUAUACAAGAAGGCCUUCUCCGAGCUUGAAAGUCUACCGGAAGGCGGCGAGAGCCGCUAUGUGUGGCUGAAUCUGGAAAACGAUAUGAUCAAUUUCGGGAACCAGCCAUUGCCCGGAAAUUUACGGCCUGUUGCAGCCUCGAUCCAAAGGCUUAAACUCAAAUACAAUGCCUAUGAAUGGAUGGUUGAGGACGUUUGCAUUGUUUCUCUUGAUGCCUUUGAAAACUUGAGGGAGGUUCAUAUAGUUUGUUGGGAUGGCUUUUACCUUUGGGCAGUUAAUGGAUGUUGGAGUAAGACCCAUUGGCCCUGCGGCAAAGAAAAUGUUUUAUUUUCUGAACCAGGUGAUGCUCGGAUGAUAACAGGCAUUGAGCUGGAAGAGGGAACCUGGGAGACUAAUUUUGGGUGAGAGUUACUGAAGAGACCCGUUCGGAACCAAGGGCAGCGUGGUAGCUAGAAUCGUAAUACUAAGGGAGGCAAUGAUGGGAUGCGCUUCCUGAAUAUCUGCCGGUCGCCCCUGAAGUGAGAACCGUGUUCUUCUUCACGAGGUCGUGAACCAUCAAGGUUCACUGCAACUUUAAAAGACAUAUGGGCAAUGGCUUCUGCAGUAAGCCUAUAGAGUAUCCUCAGCAAACUGGAUAUGGAAGUACUCGGCAUCGGAUAUCGAAUCGCAUAACAGCCUUGCGCGACAUACGAUACCCGUUCGGAUAAUUGUCCGUAGCUUGUGACCCAUCUACGCACUUCAGCCUCAACGCCUCAGACCUGACAAGAGGUCGUGUCAUCUGGAACACCGCGUGAAUCAA